AUGUUUUCCAUGCCAAAUGCUUUUUCAUUAGUUUGGACUUUACUCUGCAGUUGCAUUCAAGCCUCAGCAGAAAAAUACCAGCUUCUUGGAGAUUUGCCAUUCCUAGCACAAAGGCAGAAUGAAGUUCACACGAUACAUCUCUACCAAGACCAGUGCACCAGGACUUGUAUUUCCGGCUGGACUGGUUAUAAUUUUACUUGUCUUCAGUUCAUCAAUGAAGAAAAGAACUGGAUUGAAGCUGAGGUGUAUUGUCAAGUCCUCAUACCUGGUGGCCACCUCGCUUCCAUACACAGCAAGGAAAAUAAUGACUUUGUUUUAGAAUUGGUCCAAAACGAGGGUAGUCCACAUCCAAAAAUUUGGAUUGGUAGCUCUGAUAUGUAUGAGGAUGGUACAGAGUGUUGGACUGAUGGAUCCAGAUGGGAUUAUCAUUAUUGGCUUACAGGAAGACCCAUUGCUGGCUCAUGGUGCAACACCAUGAAUCUAGAUUCUGGCUUUUGGAGUGAUGAGGAAUGUACCAUCAGCAAAUUUCCAUUCGUCUGCAUUUCCCACCUGGACCACAAUUAAAUGCAGCUCCAGUCAGUGUGGUGAAACUUACUGGUCCUGAUCUUUCCGAAAAGCUGUUCAAAUU